AUGCCCCCUCCAAACUCCCCUCAGAUUCCAAUAGAUCCCGCCCUCGCCCUCUAUCCGCCCUAUUAUACCUAUCAACAGCCCCAGCACAUCCCCCACCACCUCGCUCUUCCCCAGAAUCUCUCCUCGCCCUCGUCCCAGGGAUCAGAUACUAUCGGCACCCCCCCUACAGAGCACGUGCCCUAUACAGUCUCUAAUAUGAAUGGGAAACGGCCCUCCUCUUCUCUGGCUAGCGGCACAACGGCCAGCAGUAGUCGCAAAAAGGCGCGCAAGGACGACGAGGACAAUGAUGGUCAGAGCCCUGCUACCGAAAAGGAAGAACCUAAAGCGAAGCCAACACGUGGCUCACGUGCUUGUACGGUAUGUCGUCGCUUGAAAAUGAAGUGUGUGGGUGCCGAACAAGGUCCACCGUGCAAACGUUGUGUUACCGGAAACCAUGAAUGCAUCUUCGAGGAAUCAAAUCGUGGAAAACGUUCUUCCAAAAAACACGAACUUCUUACUCGUUCCUUGCGAAAAAUGGAGCGCACUCUUGAUACCGUACUCAGGUCUAUCGGCAACCCUAGCAUUGCUUCAGGCAUGGUGUCUAGGUCACCAUCACCCUCUGGUCAGACGGCAACCACUCAAGCGUUGAUAGCAUCUCCUUCCCCACCUCCGCAACCUGCUUUUCAAUCUCAGGGUGGUGUACCUCCUUCGACGUCUCCUAAGUUGCAUUCACUCCCUGACAAUGCCCUGAAUCCAUUGGGUCUUCUCGCCGAGGCUAGUUUAGCAAAUCGUCGCGCUCAAGGAAACGCUGCUAGCUCUUUCACCGCUCGACCUCCAGAAGAUGAUGACGAAAGAAGAUUGGGCGUAGCUAGCGACAAUUACUUUAAACCUGGCCCAAUGACAAUACUUCCUCUCCGUAGAUUGUAUAUUGAACGGCAAGUACAGCCAGAAAUGCUGAGUUUUGUCAGUACGGAGGAAGUUGUGACAUUAUUCGACAUCUAUUUCGAUCAUAUCAAUAUGCAUUGUAAUCUCUUCGACCGCGAUUUCCACACUCCAUCUCUUGUGUGUUCACGAUCACCGUUCUUGUUGACUACAAUAUGUGCCAUUGCAUCUAAAUUCUAUAACGGUCGACCAGAGCUACACGCAAAGCUUACCGAGCUGGCGAAAAAGCUGGCUUUCAGUGUACCCGCUAGAGGUUACAAGUCCUUGGAGAUUGUCCAGGCAUAUCUCCUCCUGACCUUGUGGGGAUCUGGUGCCGUUGAACGUUACGAGCAGGACAAAACCUGGAUGAUGCUCGGCAUGGCCAUCAGAAUGGCUACUGAUCUCAAUCUCCACCGAAAAACCGCGGUCACUAGCCAGGAUACGCCUGAAGGUCGGGCACGUGAUACGGAAGUGCACAACCGCGAACGGACAUGGUUCCUUUGCUUUGCGCUUGAUCGAAGUGCUAGUGCACAAAUGGGGAAGCCUCAUUCGAUUAAGGAAGACUUCAUCAUUCGUAAUGCUUUGCAAUGGUGUCGGGCACCCGUUGCGACACCGGGGGAUAUGUCACUCGCGUCGUAUGUGGAAUUGCAACGUAUUGUGUCGCGUAGUCUGGACUUCCUUUACUCCGGGACGAGUUCGGCGUCUGGACUACAAACAGACUGUGACUACUUGAUAGUUAUCAAGACUAUCGAAACUCAAAUCUUUGCUUGGGAACAUGAGUGGACCGUGGUUCGGCCGAUGGGACUUGUACGCACGUACUCCGCGACGAUGCAGAAAUUCUACUUCCACUACUACAUGUUGGUCAUUAACUCCUUUGGUUUGCAAAAUGCGAUGGAACGUUCGGCGGUCGACAUUGGGCACUUCUUUGCUCGUUGCCAUACGUCAGCUACGGCUGUUGCCGUUAUGGCUCGGGAUGAGCUGGCUCCUAGGGGUUACUUGAAGUAUUCCCCGGAUUCUCACUUUGUAUUCGUGUCGUAUGCUGUUUUGUCUUUGCUCAAACUCAUCCGCCCAGAGUUUCAACCAUUUUUGGAGAACGACCAAAAAAUAUUCGAUCUCGUAAAGGACGUCGUGUCAACAUUUGAAGGCGUUGCUGUUAAUUCGCACCACACUCCUGCACUAUACAGCACUUUCCUUCGGGCGCUUAUAUCGGCACGCACAGACGGCUCAUCAAGCCGUGCUGAGAGCCAGGCGGAAGCGGCUCUCUCCUUGGAAAAAGAUGAUCCUUCCAUGCAAGGAGACCCCAAUCAUCAGAUGAACCACCAAAAUAAUCAGGGGACGUACUCGAACAGUCAUGCCAUGAAUAAUGCGCUUGGUAUCAACGAGUUCCAGUUCGAGAGCGAGAUGGGACCUGUGGCUGACAUCACGACUUUCCCACCGACCAUGGCAGUGAUGCCUAAUUCUGAAGAGACCAUGGGCAUGCUUUCUAUGGAUAGCAUUCUCAGCACUGGAUUCUGGGAUAGUGUUCUUGUUCCUGGCUACUCUGAUACGAUGGAAGGUAUAAGUGGCGGGUUCGUUUUUGGGGCUGGGGGAAGCGGGCUUAUUACUCCGCGCUGGAUGCCUUCGCCUCUGCCUUCAGGUACAAAUACCCCCUCUAGAGGACAGAACCCCAUGGAUUUCAGUCAGCAAAACCUCAAUGUUGCUUUCCAGAAAGAAAUCUCUCACUGA